AUGUCCGACGAGCUUCGACGCAGCAUGGCCACGAGUGAUGAGCCAAAGCAAGUGCCACUGGAGGAAUGGGAUGGUAUCAUGGCGUCAAAGUCCAAGUACCCGUUGACCCCGUGCAUGCUCACGCCAUAUAACACCCCGCAUUGCAAUCUGAAUUCCCUCAAGCAGCGUCUACACCAAAGUCAGACGAACGAUGUAUCAUCGACAUCCCAACCCCAGAGUUCCGCCGCCGAUGCAUCGCAUCCGCCAUCGUCGUUGCCGUCGAACUGGACCACCCUGCCGCCACCCAGUCCCCUUGCUCGGCUCGCGUUCCUCGGCGUUGCGACGUGCAUUGGCGCGCCCAUCGUGUUGGUGCUGGCGCUGUGCAGUCCGGUGAUUGUGUUAUUUUCCGUAGCCACGUCGCCGGUAUGGGUGCCGCUCUCGGCGUUUCUCUGGUGGAGUUCGUCUCCUCCGACCACCCCCACACGAGUCGGUUCCCCUUCGUCGGCGUCCCAUUGA